GCUGCAUCAGAUCGUAGUCACGACUACACUACUCGAGUCUCUAACCAAAGAGAAAUACCACUGAGCCAAAAUCCCAAGGUCUCUCACUCUUCUCUCUUCCCCUGAGUUCUCACUGAAACCACCGCGCGCUCUGUCUCUCUGCAGCAAUGGAUCCCCUCUCCGUCCUCCGGGACUACGCCAUCCGCAACGACCUCGACAGCAUCGUCCGCGUCAACGACGACUUCCGCUUCGGCUCCGACUACUCCUUCCCCGCCGCCGCCCCCACCGCCUACCGCUCCAAGCAAGGCCACCUCUUCACCCUCGAAACCCUGAUCCACUUCCUCAAGCACAGCCACCUCAAGUACACCGACUACAUGAAGAACAUUAAGCCCCUCGCCGUCCCCACCGUCUCCUUCAUCGACCGCAAGCCCCUCCUCGACUACCUCCUCGGCCACGUCUCCUCCUCCGACGCCGUCCAGUACGUCAACCCUAACUUCUCCCCCGCCCCCGCUGCCGAAUAUCGCCCCGAGGACCCCGGCCUCGACCCCCGGUUCGACCCCGGGCUAGACGUCAAUGAGGAUGUUUCUAGGGUUGGGUUGUCUGAGAAUUACAUAGAGAUGAUUAGGGCCGCGGAGAGGCCGGUGAGGGACCGGGAGGCGAUUUUGGAGUGCAAGAAUAAGGAUUUUUACGAGGUCUUGAAGGCCGCGGCGAGGAGAGAGGAGGAGAGGCAGCGGUCGGAUUCGCAGCAGAGGAAGGACGGGUUGGUGGCGAAGAAUCGGUUAAUGAGGGGGGAUGAGAGAGGGUUUGGGGAGGAGUUAGGGUUAGGGUAUGAUUCGACGCCUAGGGCGAAGAUGGGGGUGAAAGGGGGGAAGGCAGGGGAAGGGGUGCCGAUUAUAUUGGUGCCGAGCGCGUUGCAGACGCUGAUUACGAUUUAUAAUGUGAAGGAGUUUUUGGAGGACGGAGUUUUUAUACCGACGGAUGCGAAGAUGAAGCAGGUGAAGGUGGCGAAGCCAGACUGUGUUACGGUGCAGAAGAAGUUCAGUAGGGAUAGGGUUGUGACCGCGUAUGAGGUGAGGGAUAAGCCAUCGGCGCUGAAGGCCGAGGAUUGGGAUAGGGUGGUGGCGGUUUUCGUGUUGGGGAAGGAGUGGCAGUUCAAGGAUUGGCCUUUCAAGGACCAUGUGGAAAUCUUCAAUAAAAUUCUGGGAUUCUAUAUGCGUUUCGAGGAUGAUAGUGUGGAGUCAGCUAAGAUUGUCAAGCAAUGGAAUGUGAAAAUUAUAUCGAUUAGCAAGAACAAGAGGCACCAGGAUAGAGCUGCAGCGCUUGAGGUGUGGGACAAAUUGGAAGAAUUUAUGCGCUCACGGUCACAUGGUUGAGUUGUGCCAGGUUUCAUCUGAAAGGACACAUUUUUCUUUGAGCAUUUGAGUGCCUUCCAUGCAUGCAUAAACAUUGCUUGCAGCUGCCGAGGUGAAAAGAGAGACUUUUGAUAGCUGUUUCGACUGAUGCGAUGCGGGAGGACUGACAUGAACAGUGAAACUUUGCGAGUAUAGAGAAGUAGUUGAACGCUGCCACGCCGGUGUGCUUGGUUUGUCUUGGGUGAAGUUUUUUGAACUACAAUUAUUUAUCAUGUAUCCCUUUUCUUUUGUCUGGGACGCGUCAGCUUUUCAGGAUGCUUGUCUUCUGCGAUUCCUGGGCACAAAUGUUGUUUCUGAUAGAAAAUGACAAAAGUUGUUCAACUUGGUAUAUAACGAGUUUGUUUAUCAA